GUCCGGGAGGGAAAGAAAAAAGUCUCAGUCAUUUCUUUAUUCAUUUCCUGGUCUAUCUUUAAGCAGAGUCCACCUGCGAUAAACCACCAUAUUUGUGCUUAUGCGGGAUCAGUGGCGUAAAGAAGCAGCAUGACUGAGGCAGUUUGAGCGUGUGACCAUGAGCGGGUUAAUGCUGCCUGGUUUUCUGACAACAGGACGGAGGGAGGAAAGGAAAGCUUAAAUGAGUGAGUGGUAGGGGGGAGCAGAAAGAGGAGGAGAGACAGAAUGAUAGAGUGAAUUAAUUCAACCUUAGGCAGCCUUGAUUGACUCCUUGAUUCCAAACUGGCAUGUAGAAACAUUCAUGGUGACAUCAAGCCAUGGAGAGAGAAAAGAGAAAUGACAUGUCCUUCUCUAGAAAGAGAAGUUUCACUUUUGGGGCAUAUGGCGGUGUGGACAGAUUCACCUGUGGGGAUGGGACAAGACCUGAAUCUGUGGAGGACAACAUUCUGGAGGCUCUGGACUCUCCAACCACUGGCAGCAAGCCUUUCCUUUCUUCAACCAACAAUCAAAGGGACGCAGAACUGUUUGAAAUCAUAGUGAAGCUGCAGGGCAGCAGGAUUGAUGAGCAGCGAUGCGAAUUCCCACUUCCUCUGAAGUCUCAGCUUUUGCACAUUGGUGCAGAUCUGCCUCUCAUUCUUCCCUCUAAACUGGGAAGCUACUGGAUCGACCCACCUCUGGAAAAGCUCAGAGAUGUGAGUCCCACCUCCUCUCACCAUGGCCUCAAUCCGGAAGGCUAUGACAUCAUGGAGAGAGAUGGCGAGGCCAAAAUUUACCACGAGUUUUUCCGCUCUCGAUAUCACCAUUCAUUCAUAGCAGUGGAUCCAUCGCUGGGGCCUCUGGUUCUCUCUGUAUGUUUGGAGGAGGAAGAGAACAAACUUCGGGUGAUUCUAAGGAUGAAAGAGUGCUCUCUGCAUGGCACUUUCUCUUCAUCCCUUUUUACCAACAUGCCAUCUGCUGUAGAGUUAGCAAAGAGGCUGUGCGAUAAAGUGACAGUCUCCAAGUUUGACGUGGUCAGCUACCUCAAGGCUCCAGACCUAAUAACAGCAUUUGAUGAGCAUAGAGUCUCUUCUAAUUUCAAGUUUGGUGUUUUGUACCAAAAGGAAGGGCAGUUCACAGAAGAGGACAUACUGAGUAACAACGAGGAAAGUCAGAAGUUUAGGGAGUUCCUGUCGAUUCUGGGAGACACGAUCCAGCUGCAGGGAUUCACAGGUUUCCGGGGAGGACUGGAUGUGUGUCACGGCCAGACUGGAAAUGAAGCAGUCUUCACUUCCUUUAAUGGGAGAGAAAUCAUGUUCCAUGUUGCAACCAAGCUGCCCUACACAGAGGCUGACCCUCAGCAGUUACAGAGAAAAAGGCACAUUGGUAAUGACAUCGUAGCCCUGGUCUAUCAGGAUGGACAAACACCCUUUUUGUGUGAUGUCAUCAAGUCUCACUUCCUGCACUGCUUUGUGGUGGUGCGGAGGGUUCAGAGGGAGGAGACGGCAGGUGGAGAUGCCUACCAGGUGUCUGUUACAGCCAGAGAAGAUGUGCCUCCUUUUGGUCCCGUCAUCCCAGAUCCUCCACUUUUCACAGAUCGUUUACAGCUGAGGGAAUUCCUCCUCACCAAGCUCAUCAAUGCAGAGAUCUCCUGCUAUAAGGCUGAGCAGUUCAGCAAACUGGAGCUGCGUACACGCUCAUCCCUCCUGGAGAGCUUGCAUAAUGAACUCUUCACCCGUUCUCGCUGCAUGAUGGGAGAUACAUCAAUCGCUGCCGCCCCGCCUUCUGAGAGCGUGCGGGGGCCGUCUGAAGGAAGUGGAAGUUUUAUCGAAAAUUUUAAGCGAGCCAUCAGAGUGCGAAGCCACUCGUUUGAGAAUCUGGGUGUUCCCAGGAAGAAUGCUGGCAAUUCAUCACAAAAGGGGAAGGUAGACAAAGAUGCAGAGAGUGAUGGCUCAGGAACAGCUGAACUCAAAGAUCAAGCAAGUCCUCAAGAAGAGACAUAAAGAAAACCUUUACUUGGAGAUUUUAGAGCCAUAUAAUUGUUUUAGACAAGCUUUUUACCUUUGUCAUAUCUGUGGAAUAACUGUAUGUAAAGAGAUGUUAAAAGUAAAUAGAUUUUUGUAGAAAAUAUAUUUAUUUUACAGUCAUAGAAGAGACAUUUAAGAUGAAUGACAACAUUUGAAAUGUAAUUUUGUGAAAACUUCACAGUGAAAUAUUACAAUUAUUUUAACGGCUAACAUUUAGUUUGACUUUGGUGAUUUUUUUAUAUUGAUACAAUAGAGAACAAUUCAUUAAAUUAAUAGAGCUUUCGAGACUGAGAUAGUAGAAAUAAAAAUGUCCAACAAUUUGGAAAAUAAGUUGUCACUUUACUUAUUUAUGAUGCCUACAUAACAUAUUUUAAAGAUUACAGUAAGAUUCUCUAUAUGAAAAAAUGUAAAUCACAAAACGAGUCAUAAAUCCUGUUUUAAAAACUCUUAGGUCCGAGUCUUUUUUUGAGCAAAGGUUUAAAGAUUUGUCUGAGCUUCACAUGAACUACAACAAACUGAUGAUGGUGGAAAAUGUUGGAGUUUGGACUAAAGUAACUGAUCGACAUUUUCAUAACAUCCUAUUGUGUCAUUAUAAGUGGCAUCACGUAGCUUUUUUUCAAAGGACCAAUUAAAAACACAAACAAUAUUGCAAAACAGAAGAACAUAGUCUAUUUUUUUCAGUUUGGUGUUUUUACAUUGUUAAAGGAUUGUGUCUAUUUUCUUUAAUAUGUGUGUUUUUUUUCAUUUGUGUGUUUACCUUUUUGUUGUAACUGUCUGUAAAACUUUUAUUUUCAUGUAUGCUGGACCUAUUUUGAGGUAUUUAUGCACACAUUAAUCCAGCAGGUGGCAGUCAUACCCAGUUUGUUUGACUAAACAUAUGAACAUUAAGAUCAAUUGGAUGAAUGUACGUUAAUGCACUUAUAAAAUUAGACAAUUAAGAACAUAGUAACAACAAAAUGAACAAUUAUUUGCCAUUUUGAAUGCAAUUUACUAAUGAAAAUGUAAAAGCACUGUAAAAGCAUAUUUGCACCUGAAACUGGUAUGUAUAAGAGAUUACUUUAUAUAUAUAGCUCCCACCACACUGGCAUCCCUGGUAAAAAUGCUUAAAAUAGCUUAAAUUAAUAAAUUAAUCUCUUAUUGUAGCCUAAUCUCACACUGAGCACAUUUGGAAAAAAACAAACUUUAAUUUGAGUACAUUUAUUUGUAAUAACGGUUCACAUAUAGUAGUACCCUUGGAGUAUUCCUGUAUAAUAAAUGUAAUUUACAAAUUA